ACAAAACCUAGUGAAGGUUGGCGUAAGAUCAAACCUUAAAACCAAUAGAUGUGGACAUGUGGUUAACUAAACACCUAAUUAAAACCUUACUAUCAUCCUUUAAAGACAAACCCACGCUUUCAAAAAUACAUGCCCUUCUCAUUACAAGUGGUCUGAUCAACCAGAGAAACCCAGCUACCAAGCUCAUUUCAUCUUAUGCUCAAAUUGGUGACAUCAAAGUUGCACGCCAAGUGUUCGAUAAAUUGCCUCAAAGAGGCAUUGAUGCUUGGAAUGCAAUGAUUAUUGCAUAUUCAAGAAUGGGUUUUUCUAAUGAUGUUGUGGGUGUUUAUAAAGAGAUGAUUAAUGAAGGAAUAAAGCCUGAUAGUUCUUCUUAUACAGUGGCUAUUAAGGCGUGUGCGAGUUUGUGUGAUUUUGAAAUGGGAGAAGAGAUUUGGCAUCAGGCUGUUGGGUUUGGUUAUAAGGAUGAUGAUUUUGUUGGGUGUUCAGUGUUGAAUUUGUUGUCAAAGGGUGGGAGGAUGGUGGAAGCGAAAGCGGUUUUUGAGGGAAUGAAGAGGAAAGAUCUUGUUUGUUGGACGACUAUGGUAACUGGGUUUGCAAAGAUUGGACAGGGGUUGGAGGCAGUUGGAGUGUUUCGAGAGAUGCAAGAACAAGGGAUGGUAGGAGAUGGGAUUGUUAUGUUGGGAUUGAUUCAGGCUUGCACUGAUAUUGGUGAUAUGAAUGUGUGUCUUUCUGUCCAUGGGCAUUUGAUCAGAAGAAAUCUUCUAAUGGAUGUUGUUAUAUAUACUAGUCUUGUGGACAUGUACGCGAAAAAUGGUCAUUUGUGCCUAGCAUAUAGAAUAUUUUGUAACAUGCCUCAGAAGACUGUUGUUUCUUGGAGUGCUUUGGUUUCAGGCUAUGCUCAAAAUGGUUUAGCAGGGGAAGCUCUUGAAUUGUUGAUAGAGAUGCAAAGAGUUGGGUACAGACCGGAUUUAGCCUCUCUUGUGAGUGCUCUUUUGGCGUGCUCACAUGUUGGCUACUUGAAAAUGGGUAGAUCAAUACAUGCUUAUAUUCUUCGUAGGCAAGAACUUGAACAUAUUUCUGCCACUGCUGCGAUUGACAUGUAUUCCAAAUGUGGGGCUCUAUCAUCUGCUCGUGAACUCUUUGAUAUGAUAGGCUGUAAGGAUGUUAUCUUAUGGAAUACUAUGAUAGCGAGUUAUGGAAUUCAUGGCCAUGGAGAGGCUGCUCUUUCAGUAUUCCAUGACAUGAUCAAGACCAAUUCAUAUCCCGAUGAUGCUACAUUUGCAUCUCUUCUUUCAGCUUUAGGUCAUUCAGGUCUUGUAGAGCAAGGCCAGUACUGGUUCAAUGAAAUGAUCAACAGAUUCAGGAUUGAACCUAGCGAGAAACAUUAUGCUUGUGUUGUUGAUCUGUUAGCUCGUGCAGGUAAAGUGGAAGAAGCUCUUGAUUUAAUAAAUUCCAUGAAAAAACAUGAAGCUGGGAUGUCCAUUUGGGCCGCUCUUUUGUCUGGUUGUCAUAACCACAGAAAAUUUUCCGUUGGAGAGUUGGCUGCUAAGAAAGUUCUUGAAUUACAGCCAGAUGAUUCAGGCAUUUAUUCUUUAGUUGCAAAUUUUUUUGCAUCAGCGAAAAUGUGGAAGGAAAUGGCUGAGGUGAGGAAAGCAAUGAGGAUGGCAGGUAUGAAGAAAGUCCCUGGUUACAGCAUGGUGGAGGUGAAAGGUAAGCUCCAUGCUUUCCUUAUGGAAGAUAAGAGCCAUUACCAAUAUGAGCACAUGGUCCUAAUAAUAGAGAAAUUGGACUCUGAGAUGAGAGCCAUGGGUUAUACGCCAAAAAUCGAGUUUGUUUUCCAUGACAUUGAGGAGGAAGUAAAGGUGAAAAUGUUAAGUUUUCAUAGUGAAAGAUUGGCUAUUGCAUUUGGCCUCUUGAACACUGAACCUGGGACUAAGUUGGUGAUUAAUAAAAAUCUAAGAGUUUGUGGAGAUUGCCAUGAGGCGAUAAAAUAUAUAUCAAAAAUUGUCAACAGGGAGAUUGUUGUAAGGGAUGUAAAGCGAUUUCAUCACUUCAAACACGGUGUAUGUUCAUGCGGAGAUUAUUGGUGAGUCAUGACUUCAAGUCUUCAAAGAGUGUUAGUACUAAGGCUAGAGAAGUAGGUCCUAUUAUAAACUGAUCCUUCUUACAACCUUACACAUGCUGUGGUACUAUAAAGAACAGCUACUUGAAGCAGAGGAACAAGCUUGUAUUACUAUUCUAUUAUCAAGGAUUCAUUUGGUAGUAUCCUUGCAAGAAAUUGCCAGCUUUUUGAGAAGAUUAUAUGCUAUCCUCUGACUGAACUUCUCCUGAAAAUAAUACUACAUAUCCAACGGUGGCUUCUGAGAUCGGAUAAAUUGUCUGCCGAGACAUAAGCCACAUCAUAGAGAAGUUUUACGUUGAUUGCGCAGGCAAAAGAGGUUAAUCCUUCAUUCCUUUAUUGAUCUCACUGAUGAAAUUGCAAUGUUAAAAUCUGGUAUUUCCCUGAUUCAAUACACAUUCAAAAUAGUUGACAGAAAACUUCCAAAGGAUUUGGAGCAAUUUCAUCGCUUGACAUGCAGUUUCUAUUCCUGUAGUUCUGGAGACCUUGCUUAGACAUUAGUUAUGCUGUUGAAAGAGCACAGAUAAGUUGGUAUACAAGAGAUAAUUUCAUCAUAUAAAGCAACAAGUGUUUUGUGAUUGUAAAUUUGACAUGAGUAUGAAAGUAUGUUGUAAGU